AUGCCACCAAACACUGGGAAUUCUAUAAAGCAAAAUGAUAAACAGGCCAGCCCAGGUCCCGAUGGACUGGAGGCUUAUCAGGAAUACAUAGCUUCCAAAGAGGAAUACACCCCUGCCAGUCCAGACCCUGAGGAACUGGAAGCCUGUCAAGCUUACUUAGAUUCCCAAGUGGAAAACAUACCUGGAGGUGGAGGCGGUCAUGGAUUACCUCAAGUCCGAGAUGGGGCCUUCAAUGAUUCAAUUUGA